AUGUCGCGUGUGGCGCUGCUGGCGGCUGCGCUGCUUCCUUUGCGGGCGUCGCGUGCGGCGCUGCUGGCGGCUGCGCUGCUUCCUUUGCGGGCGGCGCGAAUGGCGGCGCGGCCGGCGGUACCGCUCGCGUCGGGGCGAGAACUCGCGGCCGAGGAGGAAGCCGAGCGGCAGCGCAAACGGGCGCGCGAGGAGGAGGCGUGGCGCGCGCAGCAUGAGCGCAUCGCCAAGAAGACGGUGGCGCUGCAGGGGCACGACGAGGCAUGGGCGCGCGCGAGGGUAGCCCACGUCGGGCGCGCGCAUUUGGUGGCUCGCGCGCUCGACGCGCACAUCGAGCGGCACUGGCGGCCGAGCGGCGGCGCGUUUGCCUACUACCCCGAGGGCAUCCUCCGCAUCCCCGAACGCUACGUGGCGGUCCACGCGAGCCGGGUGCUGCGCCUCCUUGUCCACCGCGUUGAGGCGGAGUUCGACUACGCGUAUGCCACGACCGCUUUCCGAGACGAGUUCCUCGGCGAGGGGAGGUACGCCCGGCGGGUCGCCCAGCUGCCAGCGGCGCCGCCGUCGCUGCCGCUGCUCGAACGCCUCAGCAGCGCGGUGGAAGACAUGGAGCGCGACCUGCCGCGAGGCCCUCAGCUCGCCAGAUACGCGACGGACGAGGGAGGCCGACGGGUAGGGCGCGCCGGGGGGCCGUCCGGCGCGACCUACCCCAGGUUCGAGAAGACGUUCAAGGCCCUCGACGGGGCGCUGUGCGCGGCGGCGACGCAUCUCUACAAAGCGGGCGUGACUGAACCCUUCGAGAACCUGGAGUUCUGGCGCGUCAUCAAGACUGGCACAGGGAAGGAAUAUGUGCAACGCAUUGAUCAAAACUGA